AUGCUUUCGCUGCCUCCUUUCCUUCAGUUACACUCUAAUAACACCCCAAGGCAGGGGCAGGUACAAGAUGUAAAAACGCACUACCCUGUUGUUUUUUCACAUAAGUCUCAGCCAGGUUCGGUCGUUGGAGUCGCUGAUGCCGAGUGGUGGCCUCCUUUGGUUGGAGAUGGGAGGACCCCAGAUGCUCUACUUCUUUUCAUACCCGGAAACCCUGGGCUUGUCGAAUUUUACACCGAAUUCCUCGAGCACCUUCAUCAUACUUUCAACAUAGCUAGAACCCAUCUGGCUAUACUUGUUCGAGGUCACAUUGGACAUGCACCCGGCCUGCCCACGGAGAAUGGCUCGUGGAGUGUGGGGUUGGAUUCUCAGGUCACAAGCGCUAUAGAAUUAUAUGAUUCGGCUCGGGAUUUUUAUGGGCCGAACACGAAGAUCAUCCUUGCUGGACAUUCUGUUGGGAGUUGGAUAGUUGCACAGGUAAUGCAUGCAAGACCCAACACUGCCUCAGGUGCGCUACUCUUAUUCCCCACAGUUAGCAAUAUUGCUUCUACACCAAAUGGUCAAAAGCUAUCGUGGCUAUUCCAUCACCCUAUCCCAACAAUCGUCUCAGCCCUUUCCCGCCUAAUUUCGCUCCCCCCAUUCUCUGCUGUCCCUUAUAUGCUAUCCUACAUAUCCAAGUUCAACGAAUACCCGACGGACCAACUCAAUGUGAUCAAAUCGCUCAUUACCUCACCCCAUGUCGUAUACUCGACUCUCACAAUGGCGCAUGACGAGAUGCGAACCAUUGGUUCACUGGGUAGCGCCUCUUCGACCGUCCAGGCAACGUGCGAAAGAGAACGAUCGCGCAUCUACGCAUGUUUUGCUGCCAAAGACGAAUGGGUUGGGGACGAGGUUUCAAGCGUCAGGGCAAUGCUUGACGAACAGCGGGUGCUAGUCAGAGAUGAUGACGUCCCACAUGCUUUUUGCAUAAGUCAUAGUAUUCCUGUUGCCGAAACUUGCGUCGAAUGGAUUAAGGAAAUACUCGCAACUCAGUAG